AUACUUGAGAAAAAUAAUGUGUCAUAACUAGAGAUAAAUUGAAAGUUUAGGUCUCUAUAUAAUGCCCAUCAACACAAUUUUCAGCAACCAUAAAAAAACACUUUAAAUCCAGUGGGUUCUUUUUCUGGCAGCAUCAUUCCUUUCUACCACCUCAUCUAUGAGUAACAACAUGGGUGUCAUCCCAAUUCCAAGUAGUGGAAUUGUUCCUGAAGGUCUUAUGAACAAAUUAGAGAACUAUGAGCAAUGGAGCAUUCGGCUUCGAACCUACUUGAAGGCACAAGAUGUUUGGGAUGUUAUAGAGUCCACACCGAGUGGAGCCGUGGACUAUCAGGAUUGGAAUAAAAAGAACGCCACAGCUCUCCUUGCAAUCCACAUUUCCUGCGGUCCUCGUGCUUUUGAGGAUAUCAAAGACAUCCACAACGCCAAACAAGCUUGGGAUACAUUGGCAUCAAAGGCUAAAUUUCCUAUCGCGCAAGAGAUUUCAAAUGAUCGAUUCAAUCGAACCGAGUCCUUCUACAAUGCUGUAAGGAAUGGUGAUAAGGAUGCAACAAAUGAGUUCAUUGCCAAAAACCCAGGUGCGGUUAAUGAAAAAAUUACAUAUUCAGGGAUGACAGCUCUUCACGUUGCAGCCAUUAAUGGGCGUAUAGGAAUAGUGGAGACAUUGCUGGAUAAAAUGUCAAAUGACAGCUUGAAAAUGAGAGACGCACAGCACUUUACAGCUCUUGAAAUAUCUAUUGUAUAUAACGCAAGCAUUGAAAUAGCUGAAUGCAUGGUUAAAAAGGAUAACGAAAUACUUGGCAUUGCUCGUAAUGGCAUGGUUCCUGCUGCACUGGCUUUCCGUUAUAGUAAUGUGAAAAUGGGGCGGUAUCUUUAUACUGUUACGCCGCUUGAUAAGCUUAAAAAUAGCCAAGAAGGCGCUACACUCGUUAGCAUUGCUAUAUCUAUGGAAAUUUUCGAGGUUGCCUUGGAUCUGCUCAACCAUUGUCCAGAGUUGGCUAUUAUUCAAAACUGCAGUGGGAACCUCCCCAUCUUUACAUUGGCAAAACUACCUUCUACAGUUCUCAGUAGGCGCAGGUUCAGGUUUUGGGAACAAUGGAUAUAUGACUAUAUUCAUAUAAAACCCGACAAGACACGCCAGCUCACCAAUAACAUGAGUAAUAUCAGAUCUCCAGAGAAGGAUUUGCAUCACAAAUUUUGGUCAUUGCAAGGCUUGGCACUGAAAUCUGUUAACAUGUUAGGGCUUAAGGAUAUAUAUAAAAAGAAAUUGGCCCAUGUUCAAAUCUUAGAACUUCUAGACCAAAUGUGUGCAAUGACAAGAAUUUUGAAUGAAAGCCAAAUGGAAGAUCUAUAUUAUGCACUCUGUCGAGCUAUUGAUCACGGAAAUGUUGAAUUUAUAACACGUUUGUUAGAAAAAAAACCAGAGCUGGUGGAGAAAAGUGAUGCUUCAGGGAGGAACAUAUUUAUGCUUGCAAUCCUACAUCGUCAAGCAAACAUUUUUGAGCUUAUACGUGGAUUUAACUCGUUAUCAGCAGCUGCAACUGCCGUAGACAGGGAUGGAAACACCGCGUUGCAUAUGGCAGGAAUAUUGUCGUCACCUUGUCCACAACUUGAUCGAAUUUCUGGAGCAGCUUUGAAAAUGCAGAGAGAAUUACAAUGGUUUGAGGAGGUGAAAAAAACUGUGCCUGUGUGGGCUACAGGGAAAAGAAACUCAGAUUCAAUGACACCAGACCAAAUGUUUAGUAAAUACCACGAGAAAUUGAUGACUGAGGGAGAAAAAUGGAUGAAAGAUACGGCAACUUCAUGUACAGUAGUAGGUGCUCUAAUUAUUACUAUCAUGUUUGCUGCAGCUUUUACAGUUCCUGGAGGAAACAAUGAAGAUACUGGCCUACCCAUAUUUUUGAAUAAAAAGCUGUUCAUGGUUUUCAUAAUCUCAGAUGCAAUUUCACUCUUUCUCUCCACAACUUCAGUUUUGAUGUUCCUAGGCAUCCUUACCUCAAGAUAUGAAAAGAAGGAUUUCUUAAAAUCUUUACCUGACAAGAUGAUGAUAGGUCUUUCCACCCUCUUUGUCUCCAUUGCAGCCAUGAUGGUAGCCUUUUGUGCUACACUUCUCAUUGUGCUUAGAGAAUAUUCAUGGAUUUUCAUCCCUGUCGUUUCUCUUGCUAUUUUUCCAAUCGUUUUGUUUGCAUUGAUGCAAUUUCCUCUUCUGUUUAAGAUUUUCGAUUCCACAUAUGGAGGCUGGAAAAGGCAUCUUUCACAUGAAUGAAUUGAUUAGGAAUUAGGAAUGUGUGUAUGUUAUUAUUAAUGUUUGUAUCAAAGAUUUCCUAUUUUGUAAUUGUUGGGCUGUGAGAAAAAAAUAUUAAUAAAAUAAAAGUUUACCUUUCAUAAAAAA